AGAGCGCAGGCUCAGUAGUUGUGGCGCACGGGCUUAGCUGCUCCGUGGCAUGUGGGAUCUUCCUGGACCAGAGCUCCAACCUGUGUCCCCUGCAUUAGCAGGUGGAUUCUUAACCACUGCGCCACCAGGGAAGUCCCAAUGUGUGAUGCACCUUUGACAUCAGCCCCCAAACCCUUAGUUGUAUCCGGGGAUUAAAACAUUUGGCAGUGCAGUGAAAGGAAUCAUUGUGGCCUGAUAACAACAGUUGUAUGUGAAGAGCUGGCUUAGAGGUCAGAAAAGAGCUGUUAUUCUGUUCCUUCUAUUUUAUUGUGAAGUCUUGCCUCUCCACAUUUUGAUAGGGAAGGAGUUGGUGAAUUGUUUUUAAAUACUCUUUGAACUUAUUCAUUUACUCAUCCGACCUUCACUGAGUAUUUUUAUAUGCCAGACUGUAUGUACGAAAUGAUUUUACUAAUAUAUGGUGCUUAGUAAAUGUUAAUUUUUACUAUUUUUUUAAUUGAACUUGGCAAUAAUUUCUCAUGGUUAUGUGAUUUAAAAAGAAAAGCUUUAUUCUCUUGACAGAAGAACAUGUAUCCAUGGUAGGAAAUAAACACAUAUGAAAAGAAGAUAGUUCACCUGGACCCCAGCAGGGUCCCAAGGUUCACUGUUGACAUUCCCAAGUGACUAUGGGAUUUCCAUAUACAUACAUAUAUAUAUGUAUAUAUACACAUGUAUAUGUGUGUACAUAUAUUUAUUUUAAACCAUCCCCCCUGUUGUUAGAUAUUGCAAAUGUUUCCCGCUUCUCUCAAAAAGAGAGUGGGGGAGACUUGGGGGGGUGGUAUAUGGGGACUCUGUAUUUUCCACUCAAUUUUCCCUGAACCUAAAACUGCUCUAAAAUAUAAAGUCUCCAUAAAAAAAUAUACAAAACAGCCAGCAAUUCUUUCUGAUAUGCUUGCAUAUCAGAACAUGGCUUUUUUUUUUUCUGGAAAAACAGUUUUUGUCUUCCUUAGGGAAGAGUUAAUAAGAUUCAUAAAGAUCGUUACAGCUCACUGAUUUGAAAGGGAAAGAUGAUUAGAAAUCUUAAAAGGAAUAGCUAGCUUUCCAGAGGAUAACAGAGGUUUAACAGGUGUUAAAGGAAAACCAGAACUGGACAGUAGUUAAAGGGGUGAAAUCAGAUUUCAUUCAGAAAAGCAACUGCAAUAGAGGAAAGAGACCUCAGUAUAGAACUGGGCUCGGUUCCGAAUACAACAAGGAGCAGAGUGUGGGUGUGGGUGGAUGGAAAAGUACUAAGAGGAAACCUCUGGGGUAAGGGGCAUUCUGCUGAAACGACCUACCGGGAUUCUUGCUGGAGGCAGGUCAGGGCGCCGGGAUGGUGGGGGAAGAGGAACGGGUCAGAUGGUGCAGUGAUCAUACAUGACGGAUGAGGGAUUCUGGCUAAACCAAUUUAGCAGAGUUCUUGCUAAAGCUGAGCGACGCAAAAGAUAAACAUAGAAGUACAAAGGUGGAGGAUUGAGGAGCCUGACUAAAGUUUGGCCGAGGAGAGAUUGGGGUUCUGUCAACAGCCUGCGGGUUCUGGGCAGAAGGGGAACAAGGUGAGGAAGGCGCGGGUGGUGAGCCAUAGGCCGCGAGGCGGGGCUGGCCGCGGGGCGUGUGGGGCGGUGCUCGGCUCGCACGUGGGCGGGCGGGGCGGUGGACGUCAGCUCACUGCUCCGCCUCCCCAAGCCUAUUGCGGUGGAGCAAGAGCCGGUCCCGCCCUUCGGUGGGCGCCCCUCCGCUCCUCUCGGGUCUAUGGAGGAAAAACGGCGCUGGCCCCGCGGUUCCCAUGGCCGCAGUCGCCUGCGGCACCAAGGCCAUGUCCCUUUUCAAGCGGACCUUGGUGCUGAGCCCCGGCGCGGCGCCCAGGGGCGCGGGCACUCCGCCGCGCGGCUGCCCCUUGCCCCCCGCCGCUUGGCCCACCAAGGACCGGCCGCGGGGAGAGGGCGUGUGCGGCCGGCUGCGGAGCCCCGCGGUAGCCGGCCGCUCAACCCAACCCCACUCCAGCCCCUCCGCGUCUCCCACCGCCGUGUGUCUCCUCUGCACGCAGGACUCGCUCAGCAGCAGCUUGAAAACUUGUUACAAGUACUUGAAUCAGACCAGUCGCAGUUUCGCAGCUGUUAUCCAGGCGCUGGAUGGGGAAAUGCGCCAUGCAGUAUGCAUAUUUUAUCUGGUUCUCCGAGCGCUGGACACUCUGGAAGAUGACAUGACCAUCAGUAUAGAAAGAAAGGUCCCCCUGUUACACAACUUCCACUCGUACCUUUAUGAGCCCGACUGGCGGUUCACGGAGAGCAAGGAGAAGGACCGACAAGUCCUGGAGGACUUUCCAACGAUCUCCCUGGAGUUUCGAAAUCUGGCUGAGAAAUACCAAACAGUGAUUGUUGACAUUUGCCGGAAGAUGGGAUUUGGGAUGGCAGAGUUUCUGGAUAAGCGUGUGAUGUCUGAACGGGAGUGGGACAAGUACUGUCACUAUGUUGCUGGGCUGGUGGGAAUUGGCCUUUCUCGUCUGUUCUCGGCCUCAGAGUUAGAAGAUCCCUUAAUUGGUGAAGACACAGAGCUUGCCAACUCUAUGGGCCUGUUUCUGCAGAAAACAAACAUCAUCCGUGAUUAUCUGGAAGACCAGCGAGAAGGAAGAGAGUUUUGGCCUCAAGAGGCUUGGAGCAAGUAUGUGAACAAGCUGGGUGACUUUGCCAAGCCAGAGAACAUGGACUUGGCCGUGCAGUGCCUGAAUGAGCUCAUAGCUAGCACGCUGCACCACAUCCCUGACGUCAUCACUUACCUUUCACGACUCAGAAACCAGAGCAUAUUCAACUUCUGUGCUAUUCCACAGGUCAUGGCCAUUGCCACUUUGGCCGCCUGUUAUAAUAAUCAACAGGUAUUCAAAGGGGUGGUGAAGAUACGAAAAGGGCAAGCAGUCACCCUGAUGAUGGAUGCCACCAACAUGCCCUCUGUAAAAGCUAUAAUACACCAGUACAUGGAAGAGAUUUAUCACAGAAUCCCCAACUCCGACCCAUGUUCUACUAAAACAAGGCAGAUCAUCUCCACGAUCAGGUCACAGAAUCUUCCCAACUGUCAGCUCAUCUCUCGGAGCCACUACUCACCCAUUUACCUGUCGUUUGUCAUGCUCCUGGCGGCCCUGAGCUGGCAGUAUCUGAGCACCCUGUCCCAGGUCACAGAGGACUAUGUUCAGACCGGAGAACGCUGACUGGGCUUGGUCGGGAGACAGAACACCCUGGGGAAUGGACUGACCUUCUCUUCAGGGAUGGAUGUGGGCUUCCCCCCUUUUUUCCCUCCUGCUUUAAUUCCUCAAGGAACUCUGUGGGCCUAGAACUUUAGAAACUGUGACAUGUGGUGAAGAUAAGAUUAAAGGGAAAGGACACUUCAGCCUUGGCCACCUGUGUUCACCUGUGCCCACCUGGGCGGGGUGACUGAGGGCUGAGCAUCCACUGCUGUGGGUCACAGUCAGGGCUGCAUCCAGGCCUGCAGAGAGAUCAUGCUUAAUGUGAAUACGGGCUAGAAUUAAAUGUAUUUAAUUUGAAGCAACCUUUGAAUACCUAUCCUAGUAGAAAGUGAAGUGCAUUUUCUUUCUGUUCUGUUCCUGUUUUUCUCAUCCUUUUGUUUUCUUCAGUGGACUUGAAUGUAGUAGAUGUGAAUGUUUAGAGUUCUAGGAAUAUUCCCCCGUUUCCUAAGGAUGCAGACUGUCUUCCGCACGUGAAGGCUAGGAAGUAACUUCUGGGUGGGGUUAGCAUUAUUUCCUCAUUUAAAAGUUGAGGUUUCAGGAUCGCCUUUGGUCCCAUCGUAGCAGGUUGGUUUCCAGUUCAGGCUGACGUUUUUGAGACUUUUAUAAUAAAGAACUGAAUUACUCGGCA